CUACAAGAUACAACCCUGUUGGAAAAUAACAGAGAUAUAGGUCGAGAUGGGGGCUCUAUUGUCCCUGCCACUGUUGGCGCUGCCCAGUGCUGGAACGGUGCUGACGGCGGUUGGAUCCUGUUGUGGAGCUGCAACAUGUUCGGCUGUAUGUAGCGCUUGCGGGAAGUUCAACAACAGUAUGGCUACGAGAAUUGCAUAUGCCUUUAUCCUCCUUAUAAACUCAAUUGUCUCGUGGAUCAUGCUCACGCCAUGGGCGCUGAAAAAGCUUCAACAUCUUACGCUGGACUAUAUGGAGAUAAAGUGCGACGGGAAGGAAUGUUACGGCUGGGUCGCGGUUCAUCGAAUCAACUUUGGUCUUGGGUUGUUCCAUUUGGUUCUGGCCCUGUUUUUACUAGGUGUGAGGUCGUCGAAGGAUGGUCGUGCGGCUCUUCAGAAUGGUUUUUGGGGCCCGAAGAUCGUGCUCUGGCUCUUGUUUGUGGUCAUGUCGUUUUUCAUCCCGGAAGCGUUCUUCUUUGUCUACGGACACUACAUUGCCUUCUUUUGCGCUAUGCUUUUCUUACUCUUGGGCUUGAUUCUGCUUGUCGAUCUCGCGCAUACCUGGGCGGAGCUGUGCUUGCAGAAGAUUGAAGAGAGUGAUUCGCGGACGUGGCGUGGGCUGCUGAUCGGCUCAACGUUGGGCAUGUACAUUGCGUCUAUCGUGAUGACGAUCUUGAUGUAUAUCUUCUUUGCUAAAAGUGGAUGCUCCAUGAACCAGGCUGCUAUUUCGAUCAACUUGGUGGUUUUCUUAAUCAUCUCCUUCGUCUCGGUGCAGCCUGCAGUCCAGGAAAAUAACCCCCGCGCUGGAUUGGCGCAAGCCGCCAUGGUGACUGCUUACUGCACCUAUCUGACAUUGUCAGCCGUCUCAAUGGAGCCCGACGACCGCCAAUGCAACCCUUUAAUUCGCGCUCGCGGCACUCGAACCGCCACCAUCGUCCUCGGUGCAAUCGUCACCAUGGCCACCAUUGCAUAUACCACGACUCGGGCCGCCACUCAAGGCUUUGCCCUAGGCUCCAAAGGCCACAACUACUCGGAGCUCGGUACCGACGACAACGAGCAUGGUCUUGUCACGCAGCAACCCUCUGCCCGCCGUGAGAUGCGCGCCGAGGCCCUCCGUGCGGCCGUCGCCAGCGGCGCUCUCCCAGCCAGCGCUCUAGACGAAAGCGAUGACGAGGACGACUACGACGUAAAGGACGAUGAGAAGGGGUCAACCCAGUACAACUACUCUCUUUUCCACAUUAUCUUUUUCUUGGCAACCACCUGGGUCGCUACGCUUCUGACACAGAACCUGGACCCGGAGUCAGUUGACGACUUUGCCCCCGUGGGCCGGACCUACUGGGCGAGUUGGGUAAAGAUUAUCAGCGCCUGGGUGUGCUAUGCUAUUUACCUGUGGACUUUGGUUGCCCCGAUCCUGCUCCCAGAUCGAUUUGAUAUGUACUAGGUAUCAAUGUACUGGUACGGAGGUGUAUACGUCAAUUAUUGAUUAUUUCUCUGGUUAGCGUUUGAAUUGGUAUGAUAUUGAUGUUGAAACUCGUUAUGUCGCAUAUGAUACGCUUGUCCCGUUACCAAAUUCAAUUUACCUAAAAUUCAUUCUCUUGGUGUUUUGAUUAU